CCUGGCUCCGGGAGGCGGGGACGCGGCGGCGGAUUCUCCAGUCGCGUCUUUCUUGCUUACUGUGGAACCCGGCGGUGGCGGCACCUUUGGAGGCUGAGCCGCUGAGCUGCGAGCAGAAAAUCAGAAGUCUGAAGGACUGACGGCGGAGCGGACAGGCGCAGACGCGCGGACAGCCGGCGGACAGCUAGACGGCCCGAGUCGCCUCAAGUUGCGCCAUGAGUUGGGGCACGGAGCUGUGGGAUCAGUUCGACAGUUUAGACAAGCAUACACAAUGGGGAAUUGACUUCUUGGAAAGAUACGCCAAAUUUGUUAAAGAGAGAAUAGAAAUUGAACAGAACUAUGCAAAGCAAUUGAGAAAUUUGGUUAAGAAGUAUUGUCCCAAACGUUCAUCCAAAGAUGAAGAGCCAAGGUUUACCUCGUGUAUAGCCUUUUUUAACAUCCUUAAUGAGUUAAAUGACUAUGCAGGACAGCGAGAGGUAGUAGCAGAAGAAAUGGCACACAGAGUAUAUGGUGAAUUAAUGAGAUACGCUCAUGAUCUGAAAACUGAAAGAAAAAUGCAUCUCCAAGAAGGACGAAAAGCUCAACAGUACCUUGAUAUGUGCUGGAAACAGAUGGAUAAUAGUAAAAAGAAGUUUGAAAGGGAAUGUAGAGAGGCAGAAAAAGCACAACAGAGUUAUGAAAGAUUGGAUAAUGAUACCAAUGCAACCAAGGCAGAUGUUGAAAAGGCCAAACAACAGUUGAACCUGCGUACACAUAUGGCUGAUGAGAAUAAAAAUGAAUAUGCUGCACAGUUACAAAACUUUAAUGGAGAACAACACAAACAUUUCUAUGUAGUGAUUCCUCAGAUUUACAAGCAACUGCAAGAAAUGGAUGAACGAAGGACUAUUAAACUGAGUGAGUGUUACAGAGGAUUUGCAGACUCAGAACGCAAGGUUAUUCCCAUCAUUUCAAAAUGUUUGGAAGGAAUGAUUCUUGCAGCAAAGUCAGUCGAUGAAAGAAGAGACUCUCAAAUGGUGGUAGAUUCGUUCAAAUCUGGUUUUGAACCUCCAGGAGACUUUCCAUUUGAAGAUUACAGUCAACAUAUUUAUAGAACCAUUUCUGAUGGGACUAUCAGUGCAUCCAAACAGGACAGUGGGAAGGUGGAUGCCAAAACCACUGUAGGAAAGGCCAAGGGCAAAUUGUGGCUCUUCGGAAAGAAGCCAAAGGGCCCAGCUGUAGAAGAUUUCAGUCAUCUGCCGCCAGAACAGAGACGUAAAAAACUUCAGCAGCGCAUUGAUGAACUUAACAGGGAACUACAGAAAGAAUCAGACCAAAAAGAUGCACUCAAUAAAAUGAAAGAUGUAUAUGAGAAGAAUCCGCAGAUGGGGGAUCCAGGGAGUUUGCAGCCUAAAUUAGCAGAGACAAUGAAUAAUAUUGACCGCUUGCGAAUGGAAAUCCACAAGAAUGAGGCAUGGCUCUCUGAAGUUGAAGGCAAAACAGGUGGGAGAGGAGACAGAAGACAUAGCAGUGAUAUAAAUCAUCUUGUAACACAGGGGCGAGAAAGUCCUGAGGGAAGUUACACUGAUGAUGCCAACCAGGAAGUUCGUGGGCCACCCCAACAGCAUAGUCAUCACAGUGAAUUUGAUGAUGAAUUUGAGGAUGAUGAUCCUUUGCCUGCCAUUGGACACUGCAAGGCUAUCUAUCCUUUUGAUGGACAUAAUGAAGGUACUCUGGCAAUGAAAGAAGGUGAAGUUCUAUACAUUAUUGAGGAGGAUAAAGGUGAUGGAUGGACAAGAGCCCGGAGACAGAAUGGUGAAGAAGGCUACGUUCCCACAUCAUACAUAGAUGUAACUCUAGAGAAAAACAGUAAAGGUGCAGUAACUUAUAUCUAAACUAACCAGUCAGUUUUGUGCCCUAGGAACAGUAACAUAAAAUGAAACUCAUUCAACAAGUCAGAAAAAAUAAGAAAACUUUAAAGGGCAUCCCAGUUCAUUGUUCACUAUGUGAGCUGAGACCACACUUGGUCUUAGAUGUAUGAAUAUUGCCACAAGUAACUGUUUCUGUGACGCCUUGUCAUUUGAGUAAUGUUGGUGUGAAACUUAAUUGAUGCCUUUUGCUUUAUGUCCCGCUUGAGUCUGCGUGAAGAAUUUGUGUUUUUCUGCCUUUUAAAUGAAAGAACUUGAUUUAUUGGGCAGGAAUCCAUAAGUAGAAUGUUCCCUUGUCCCUUUAUGUCAGAAAACAGUGACCGUGUGAAUUCAAUUAAGUAAAACUGCUCAGAAAAUUUAUAGAAGGCUGUCUUCCAAAAGAGUGGUUUAGGCUGGGGAUGUAGCCCAGCAGCACAGCUCCUGCCUGGCAAGCAUAAGGUCCUGAGUUCAAUUCCUAGAACAAACAAAUAAACAAAUAAAUAGAAUGGUUUGUUGUAGGAGUUUGAAUUUGUAGCUUCAGUUUCUAGAGGAAAAAGUUGAAUAACUGGGUAAAAGAUAAUAAUGUAAUAAUUUUCAUUUUCCUCUUUAGUCUUGGUUUUUUAAAGGAAGAAAAUAAGCACCAAGUACAUAAUCUAUUUAAGUAGUAGGCUAAUCAAGAGAUCUACAAAAUCACCUGAUCCAGCUUUUAUAUGAAUAAAUAGCUUUCUUUUGAUACUAGAAUUUUUUGUAGGCUUACUGGUAAUUUUCAAUAAUGUAUAAACUUCCUUCCAAAUGAAACUCAUGCUUAUAUUUUUUAAUUUUGAAAAUGUCUUUUGGGACUAUCAUGUUAGUGGCUAUAUAGCAAUUGCACAUAAUCAAAUAGAUUCUAAAUCUGUGAAGACUGAGGAAAUCUUGGAGGGGAAGUACUGGCUAUUGCUUACUUAGAAGAGAAACAGUUGUUUUGACUGAGUAGAGAGACAAUACCUACACAGUCAUUUUGUACUGAAUUUAGCUGAUAAUCACUUAUUAGAACAGAUUAUUUUUUCCAUUUAAUUUUAGUAAGCAUUUGUUGGAAAUACAGUCAAGGAUCAUGCAGCAUCAGUUAUGUGAUCACUGAGUUAGUUGUGUGGGGAAGUAAAGGGAGAUUUUAGAAACAUUUGGGACAGAUACUUUAAACUGAACACCCCUUUUGGUCUUACCAAAGGUCUUCAGUAAUUGUUCUUUUCUUUUUCCUCUUGGACUACAGGUUCCUGAAGAGGGUUUCUGAGGAAAUGGGCAAGAUGUUGAAGGAGGUUACAUGCAGCUGCUUUUGGGGGGAGGGUAUUAGAGUUGUCAGGCUCAAAGAGAGAGCGAGAGAAGCAAGUUGCAUGAGUGCAUGCAGACAUAAUUAUUUUUUUACUAACUUCAUUAGCAUAUCCAUACAUUGUUUUAAAAAAUCAUAAUUCCAGACCUUAAAUUCCUAGUUCACAGUUGUUCACCUGGAAGGAAGAAAAAAGUGUCUAAGUCAGAAAGAAUGCAGAGCUGUCAUAUAAAAUUUGUCUUAUACUUGGCUGUCCCAACAGGACCAUCUCUGCCCAGCUCUGUUUCAUUUGGUGUUUAGAGCCAUUGUCUGUUAGCAUCCUUGCCAUUUGUCAGUGUCUGCCUGCGCCACUUCCGUGCUUGCUUAACAUCCUGUUGCAUGUCUAGAGUGAUUGAACUUAGAUUUUUUUUAGGCAUGUCUUUAUAAUCCCUUGUUUUUGUCAAAGCUUUUGUUUUGUUUCACAUUUGUAGUACAAAUCACUUUGUCCAACAUGUCUAGCACUAAUAUUUCCAUAUUAGUAUUUGUUUAUGCUGCUAUACCUUCCUCACUGCAAAACAUUCCAGUUUUGGCUUAUGAAGACAUAGUCUGUGAACCUGAAAUUUUGAUGAUAAGAAAAAGAAAACAUCUCUGCUCUAGCCUACUGCCCAUUCGAAAGAACUCUGAAACGUGAUACAUCUUCAGCAUCUUUCUGGGAAGAAUCUAUAGUUAGCACUGAAGUCCUGGCAUAAUAAACACAGAAGAUACUCACCAACUCAAGACAAAGGACUGUUGUCAGAAGUCAGCUGCUUCCAUUCUAAUGCUGCCUUAAACUAGAGUGCCUAAAUCUGUUGAUUGCCAACACAACCACUACAGUAUCCCACAAAGGGCUUUAUGUAUCAGCUCAGUGCGACCUCCUUUAACUCUACAGCACUGCUACAGCUGCUGAUGUAGCCUUGGUAGGUGGCCUUUAGAGCUCUACCAUGUACAAUGGUGCAUCUUCCGAUUUAUGCAUCAAACUAAAGACAUGUCCCUGUCUAUUUUACUUAGUGUUUUAUGAGAAGUUUUAUGGAUCUCCCCAUUGUCUUUUAAUUUAGGAUUAUGAUGAACUAAUUUGAUUAUUAUGAUGAUAUAGUCUCUUUCCAAGUGAUGCUUUUGUUUGAACCAGGUAAAAUUUAGUGAAACUUUGUAAUGAUCUAUGUGCACUUUUACUUGUAAAGUGGAAAUUUCUGUAUGUUUAUACUUGUAAAUAUAAUUGUUGUUAGUACUCCUAAUGCUCAUGUUGUCCUUGCCUCGCAUUUGUGAUUUUGUUCAUGACUUGUAUCUGAACUAAUUUCUUAGUGGUGUAAUAGGGAUGUGGGUUGGUGUGGGGGGGGGAGUUAUUUGUACCACUAAAACUUCUUUAAUUUGGUUCUUUAAUGUAUUGAGGGGAGAAAAAGAACGUGAAAUGGUUUGUGUAUUAUUGGAUUUUAAGCAAUAUUUUAGAAGCUUUGUGGCUGUUUUAAUAAUUUUUCCCAGUGUUAUUUGAAUCAUACAAGUUAUACUGAAGCUAAAUGACAAUUGUGUUAAUGCCUUCAUAAGAGCAAGUACACCACUGUUACACAGCUGACUUGUAGUGUAUUACCUUUGAGGCUAGUAAACUAUAAAGUUUAGAUAUUGAAUCUCGUUACAGGGUUAUUUAUAUAAUGUGAUAUUAUUCAAUACUGACAUACUACAUGAAGUAGUUUUAAAACCUAGUACUAUUUUUAUUUUAAAGAUUAGCAAUGAGAAGGAAAUGUGAUCUGGCUGUUUGUCUUUUGUACAAAGCCUGAAGUGCUUAUGUUUUGUUGGCCAGCAGCCAUGAAGGGCAAAGUUGAAGGCUUUCUUGUAAGGACUAACUGUUCUUUUCAAGCUACUGUUUGUUUUUCUAAAAGCAGGAUUUGCUUCCGUAGGAGGCAAGUUCCAUCAUGUGGAAUAGUGAAGCCUAUAUAUGGGUUAUUACAAUAUAAAAGACAUUUGUACUUGCACAUUCUUAAAUCAUUCUUAAAUUUUGAACAUGUGAAUUGUCCUAAAGAAAUUAAUUUUUCAGUAAUUUUUACUCUGUGCACAUGUUGAUUUCUUAAUGGUAAAAGCUUUGUUAAAGAUAGUGUUCUCUUGAGAAUAUUUUCAUGGAAUAAAAUAAUCUUUUCAUGGUGA